GGAGAUUGGCUGCGGUCUGCAUUUGCUUCUGCCUCCUUCACUUGCUCUAAUUUGGCUCGCAGACUGGUAGUACAAUGCUGCUCUCUGCAAUUCAUUCCCAAAUUCCUCUCUGCAAUCCCAACUCCUACAGCAGCUGCAACCUCCUCUUCUGCCCUCACCCUCAGAAACUCCAUAGACCUAGCAAUUCCACACGCACACCGCUCCUUGCCAAUUCUUCUUCUUCUUCUUCCCCAUCCUCCUUCGCGAACACCAUUUCCGAACACUCCCAAUCCCUCCAAAACCCUAACGCUAGGCCGCUUCAUCAAGUGAGCCACACCAGCCUCGAUGAAGCGGAGGUGUCUUCGGCCGCCGCAGUCGCAUCGGCCAUUCGCAGUGCCUCGACCUCCCCGGUGGAUUUCGUGCAACGGAUCGAGAAGGACGGAAAGAGUGCGGGUUUGGUUCUCCCUAGCGCUGAUUUCCAGAAACUAUGUCUCGAGCAGUUAGACCUCUUUCGCAGAAUCGUCGUACCCAAUGCUUUGCUUUCGGUCUAUGUUAGACCAGCUGGUAGCUAUGUUAUGGACCGGUUGGAGCUACGUCGAGUUGCUUUAUAUCCUGGUGUGAGUGCAGAUGACGUUGUGAUAUUGAUUGGUAAUUUUAGUAUUCCUACAGGCUUACGUGCUGCGGAGGCUGCUCUUUCAAAUCAGCAGGCAGAGGUUAUACCCGAGUUCCGGGCUGUGGUCUUCCCCAUGGUGAAACAUCCUUUUGUUGUGGGGUUUCUGGUUGCUGAGCUUCCAAUGGUGGAAUCAUGCAGCAAUUCACAAGCGGAAGGGCAUGAUUUAAUGCAUUGCCCAUCUCCUGAGGAAGCUUAUGCUCUGCCACGACGUUCAGAUUUGAAACUCUUGGAAAAUCAAACUCUCAAGGAUGACUCAUUGAAAAUGUGCAAGUUCACUGCAGAGCAGAGAUCAAAUGCCAUUAACAUUUCUCGCUCUAUUGCAAUGGCAUAUGUCAUGGAUCAGAAAGCAAUGUUACUUCAGCACUCCUCUUGGCAAAAUAAUGUUAGGAUGAGUAAACUGGUUGAGCAAAUUCGUGGUCCUCUUUCCAGCAUUCGGACAUUAAGUAAAAUGUUAUCUCUUCAUGUGAAGGGAAGUGAGAUAUCUUUUGAUAUUGUUGAAGACAUUCUAGUGCAAGGCGAUCGUAUAAAAGAUACCCUUCAGCAACUUCAGGAUGCUGUUUACCUGACAAAGGCUAAUAUAGUGCGAUACAAUGAAGAAACAUUAAAGAAAAUGCACAACUCAUUUCAUGCCUUUCCGGAGUCAUCCAGAUCUCAAUUGUCAAAUAACUUUUCAAAGGGAACUUCUGGUGAUGACAUGGAAAAAUAUGGUCCACGCUCUUUAACAUCUGCAGCGAAGGAUUUAGAGAUGCCCAUGCCACCUCUUGCUCUUGCACCUUUACAUCAAGGCAGCAUCAGACCAUGCGAUGUUUCUGAUGUGCUGGCAGAUCUGGUGGGGGCUGUGGUACCUCUUGCUCAUAAGCAGCAACGUGCAAUAGAGCUGAGUGAACUCUCGCCAUCAUUGCAAGUUGCAGUGGAAGAACCUGCUUUGCGUCAGGCUUUGAGCAAUUUAAUUGAAGGUGCAUUGUUGCGUACACAUGUUGGGGGAAGGGUUGAAAUUGUAUCCACCGGAGCACCGGCAGGUGGUGCUCUUGUUGUAAUUGAUGAUGAUGGGCCUGAUAUGCAUUACAUGACACAGAUGCAUUCACUUACACCAUUUGGAGCCGAUCUUUUCUCAGAAGAUAUGGUUGAAGACAACAUGACAUGGAACUUUGUUGCUGGGCUGACUGUUGCCCGUGAGAUACUUGAGAGUUAUGGCUGUGUGCUUCGUGUCAUAUCACCUCGAGCCUCAGAUGCUGCCCUCGGAGCAGGGGGUACCCGUGUAGAACUCUGGCUUCCUUCUUUUGCAGCUUCAUCUGAUCCAAGUGGUCCUGCUCAUGAGGCUUAGCACAAUAGCUGGCAUUAUUCCACCAUUUGAGAUUUCUCCUGUUUGGAGCGGAGUGGGUGGUGUUGGAAGAUUUCAGACGAUCUUGCUUGUGUCUGCAGUCUCCUAUGUAGUCUGAUGUGAUUCUGUAUAGAUCGUUUCUGCAGCCCUAUGUGAUUUGAUGUGAUCCUGUAUAGUUAGUUUUGUUCUAAUUGAUUAACGUUGAAGAGAAAAACUGUAAAUAGCAGGGAUUUGAGGACGUAUUGAAAGCCCUCAUUAGGUUGAUGAGACCAUGUUGUACUAGUUAUAUGUACAAGAUCAUGUGAGCAUAGUGAACAAUAGACUUGAGGCUUUAGAUGGCCAAUCUAAGAAGAAGAUGGAAGCUGGAAGAAGUUGCUGCUACAUUUCAAGCAUUUGCCACAUGGUCUGCUCUGUAAAACAAUUUGCAAAGUGUGCGACAUGCUUUGGGUGCCAUGUCAUCACUUUGCUUGGUGCCACCUAACUAAUAGCAGAAAGAUGGUUACCUGUAAUAUUUAUGUUCUGCAAAAGGAAAUGGGUGAUAGUAAUUGGAUGAA